CAUCUUCUACUUUGAGCCCUUGGUUCUUGGGCCCACUACUCUUAUUGACUCUCCUACCCUCCCAGGUAGAGUACCUCCUGAAGAAAGUCCACAGCAGCAUGAGCCUAGAGAUGGGAUUUGGGGAGUUGGAAGAGCUGCUGGCCCAGGAGGUCCAAUCUCCAGGUGGGCUGAGCGUCUGGCAGUUAUUGGAACUCAUCAAUUCAGGCCGAUGUCUUCGAGGUGUGGGCCGAGACACACUCAGCAUGGCCAUCCAUGAGGUCUACCAGGAGCUGAUCCAGGAUGUACUUAAGCAGGGCUACCUGUGGAAGAGGGGGCAUCUGAGACGCAACUGGGCAGAGAGGUGGUUCCAGCUAUUGCCGGGCAGCCUGUGUUACUACGGGAGUGAAGAGUGUAAGGAAAAGAGGGGUACUAUUCUCCUGGAUCCUCAAUGCUGUGUGGAGGUGCUCCCCGACCGGGACGGAAAACGCUGCAUGUUCUGUGUGAAGACUGCCUCCCGCACUUACGAGAUGAGCGCCUCAGACACCCGCCAGCGCCAGGAGUGGACAGCAGCUAUCCAGACGGCGAUCCGGCUGCAGGCUGAGGGAAAGACCUCCCUUCACAAGGACCUGAAACAGAAACGUCGGGAGCAGCGGGAGCAGCGGGAGCGGCGUCGGGUGGCCAAGGAGGAAGAGAUGCUUCGGCUGCAGCAGCUGCAGGAGGAGAAGGAGCGGAAGCUGCAGGAGCUGGAGCUGCUGCAGGAGGCUCAACGACAGGCGGAGAGGCUGCUCCAGGAGGAGGAGGAACGCCGGCGCAGCCAGCACCGCGAGCUGCAGGAGGCGCUGGAGGAGCAGCUCCGAGAGGCCGAGCAGGUGAACGGAGGAGCUGGCGGGGCACCCCUAGGUGGCUAUAUGGUUAGGGGCCGGAUUCCAGCCCACUCAAUUCUAAGACAGGUUAGAAAGAGGAGGCUUUUGGAGGAGGAAGAGGAGAAACUGAGGCAGCUGAUGCAGCUGAAGGAAGAGCAGGAGCGUUACAUCGAGCAGGCCCAGCAAGAGAAGCAGGAACUGCAGCAAGAAAUGGAAAUCCAGAGCCGCUCUCUGCAGCAGGCCCAGCAGCAGCUGGAGCAGGUGCGGCAGAACCGGCAGCGGGCGGAUGAGGAUGUGGAG